AUGGAAGAGUCAGCCAUCGUUUUAUCGACAAGUAUAAUUCGUCCAAGAAAUGUUAACCUAUCAGGUCGUGUAAACAAGAUCCAUCUUACUCCAUGGGACCUCCUCGUCCUUCGUAUUGGUUAUGUUCAAAGAGGUCUUCUCCUUCCUAAACCAAAUCCAAAGAUUGAUCUAAUCUCACGUUUAAAAAAUUCUCUUUCUAUUGCUCUCGACCAUUUCUAUCCUUUUGCUGGUCAACUAGUCAAGGUAAAGAACGACGACAAUACGGCCUCGUUCCAUAUCAACUGCGAAGGUGGUGGUCAUGGGGUCAAAUUUGUUCAUGCCACGGCUGAAAAGAUCUCGAUCGGUGAUGUCCUUCGAUACUCCGGUUCAGUGGAAGACGUGUUCUUCAGAUCCUUCUUUCCUGCGUACGGGUACAAGAACUACCAAGGUGUGUCAAACCCGUUACUUAUGGUGCAAGUAACUGAGAUGAAGGAUGUGAUUUUUAUCGGUGUUGGGUAUAACCAUACUGUCUCUGACGACAACUCUAUAUGGAUGUUCAUCAAGACAUGGUCAGAUAUUUGUUCAAAGGGUUCAGGAAUCAUCGGAUGCCCUCGUCUUCUCCACAAAGGUUGGUUCUUCGAUGGGAUCGAUUAUCCAAUCCAUAUUCCAGAUCCUGAAACAGAUGGAGGAAGAGAUCUUGAUGAUAAUAGUUUGAAAACAUCAACCGUUUUACGAGAGAUUGUCUUUCAUGUAACAAAAGAGAAUGUUUUGAAACUGAAAGCUAAAGCCAACGAUGAAGCUGGGUCUACUGAUGUGAAGAUCUCCUCUCUUCAAACGGUGUUAGCACAUAUAUGGCGUUCAGGGGUUAGGCACAGUGGCAUGAAGCUCGAAGAUGUAACCCAUUGCAGUUUACCAGCAAACAUGAGGCAUAGGCUCGAACCACCGUUCGCUGAAGACUGUUUUGGGCACUUUUGCCCUGAAGGGAUCAUCUCAACAACGGUCCGGGAGCUGCUAGAAAAUGGACUAGGCUGGUCUGCUAUGCUUAUAAACACAAUGGUAGGGUUACAGACGAGUGAAAGAGUCAAAGCUUCUGCUGAGGAAUGGGUGAAAACUUUUGAAUAUUCAGUGUGUUUUGGAGGAUUCUCCUUGUUUGUCUCUAGCUCACACCGGUUAGAUUGGUACUGCAAUGAUUUCGGUUGGGGUAAACCGAUCACUGCAAGAGCUGCACCAACGUAUCUCAGUGGGAGCAUCGUUCUUUUGAAAGGCUUUGAUGAGGGAAGUCUUGAUUUACAAGCUUGUUUACCAUUGGAAGUAAUGGUAAACCUAUUGAAAGAUGGUGACUUUUUGGAGUAUGUGAAUAUUGCAUGA